UUCAUUGCAUUGCAACACACCUCAACGGACCAACCGUAUUAAUCAAUAACGUCACAUUCAGACUAUAGCCAUGUUAAACCUCGAGCUUUCAAGUUCUUUGCUUCUUGGCUUUCUUUCUCUGUUCUUCUUGUUCAUUCUCAAUUCCAAGUCCAUUUUCACAAGCUUGUUUUCCCCCAACAAGUCCUCUAAGAUUCCAAGAUCAUACCCACUUAUCGGCUCCUUCUUCACAUUCUAUGCGAAUCGAAACCAGCUCAUCCAAUGGACAUCUGAUUUGGUGACCAACACACCCACUUCUACUGUCGUCCUCAACAAUUUAAUUGGUGGCCACGAAGUCUUCACUGCCAAUCCUUCCAAUGUCCAGCACAUGCUCAAGUCCCAUUUCCAUAUCUACCAAAAGGGCCCAAUCGCUCGAGUCCAUGUCUGGGACCUACUCGGCGAUGGCAUCUUUAAUGUCGAUGGUGAGAACUGGAAGUUCCAGAGACAAGUUGCCAGUCAUGAAUUCAACACCAAAUCUUUACGCAAAUUUGUCGAGACAGUUGUCGAGACCGAGCUCUCAGACCGACUCAUUCCGAUCUUCUCUGCCGCUGCUGCAAACAAAACUGUGCUCGAUCUUCAGGACAUUCUUCAGAGAUUCGCCUUCGACAACAUAUGCAAGAUCGCUUUCGGACACGAUCCUGCUUAUUUGCAACCAUCUCUCCCUCAAGAAAAAUUCGCGGUAGCUUUCGAAACAGCUGUUUUACUCAGCAGUCAAAGGUCCAAUGUCAUUCAUCCGGUGUAUUGGAAAAUUAAACGGUUUCUCGACAUUGAAUCCGAAAAACAGCUUCGAAUUUCUGUCAGUGAAGUUCGGGAAUUCGCCAAAGAACUAAUCAAAGAAAAGAAGCAAGAACUGGGAGAAAAAUCAUCGCUCGAAUCCGUUGAUCUUUUAUCACGAUUCUUGAGUUCUGGACAUUCAGAUGAAAACUUCGUCACCGAUAUAGUGAUCAGCUUCAUAUUGGCGGGUCGCGACACCACAUCAGCCGCCUUGACGUGGUUCUUCUGGCUAAUAUACAGAUACCCAGACGUGGAAAAUGAGAUUCUGAAAGAGAUCAAUGACAAGUCCGAAGCUGCGAGUUUUGAAGAAGUGAAGGACAUGGUUUACAUUCACGCGUCCCUGAGCGAGAGCAUGAGACUUUACCCGCCUGUCCCCGUGGAUGGAAAACAAGCAAUGGAGGAUGACGUGUUGCCGGAUGGGACUGUGGUCAAGAAAGGUACAAGGGUGAUUUACCAUCCAUACGCAAUGGGGCGGUCGGAGAAGCUGUGGGGGUCGGACUGGGCAGAGUUCCGCCCGGAGAGAUGGUUGGAAACGAGAGACGCGGAAGCCGGAAAGUGGAGCUUCGUGGCGAGCGACCCAUACACUUAUCCAGUGUUCCAGGCAGGUCCGAGGAUUUGCUUAGGGAAGGAGAUGGCGUUCUUGCAGAUGAAGAGGGUUGUUUCGGGUGUCUUGCGGCGGUUCAGGGUGGUGCCGGCGUUUGAGGAAGGAGUGGAGCCGGAGUUCAUAUCUUAUUUGACAUCUAAGAUGAAAGGUGGUUUUCCGGUGAGGAUUGAGGAAAGGGCUGGGAAUUUCUGAUGAUGGUGACUUUGGUUGACUUGACUCACAUAAAUGCAGCUAGUAGCAAGCAUUACAUGGAGUGCUGGGCAAUAUUUGUAUUUGAUAACUUCUUUGAAUAUUUAUUUAUUCUGAUAAUUUCUUUGAAUAUUUAUUUAUUCUGUUUUGAAUUAUUGGUUUUGUUUUUAAUAAA